AUGAACGAAACCGAGAUCAACAGUUGCGUAAAUUGCGGCGCUGCUGCCAGCAAAUUCUGCAGCAGCUGCAGAGUGAGCAAGUACUGCGACCGUACAUGUCAAACGAAAAACUGGCCCACUCAUAAGAUCUCAUGCGGCAAGAGUGGCAUUGAUCUUGUUGUGCAUCGCGCCGGCCAGCUACUUCAAGACCUCUACCUCGCAAUGCGUGAGGCCGCAUAUGACACCACAAUCGCAAGCGUCAAGGAAGAAGGAGAAACACUAAUUAUACAAGACGCACCAAUUGACGCCGGCAAGCUGGCGCGGUUUCCAAACGAACUUAUGCGUAGCGAUGUCCAAAAGAAGAUGGCGCUGACUGCAUUCACGUGCGAGGAUCCUCUCGUAUUGUGUCAUGACAUCUUUGUCCAGAUGUUGGAAGGGACCGGGUUGCAGGUGGACGAACUUCGGGUAGCGACGAAACCGACGGCCAAGAAGGUCCGCAUCAUUUCUCCGUGCGGCUCGUGGGAGACGACCGAUUACAAUCAUGUCAUCAUCCGCGUCAAGUCAACGGACGGUAGGGCAUGGAUCGUUGAUGUGACUGGACCGCAGUACGGCAUCUUCAAGUCCUGUUGCCCAGAGAGUGUCUAUAUGAAGAAAUAUGUUCUUGAGCUCAAGAAGGUCUACGAGUUUGGAACUCACAAGGCCAACUACGAGAUGAGGAAUUACAUGUUUAUGCAUAUCUCGUGGGGAGCGAUGGAGAAAAUCGAAGCUACGAUCUCUGCGUGGAAGUCUGACACGGGCAGAACCCUAGCUACACUGUUACGAGAGCCGGACAUAAUCUUCCAGAAGAACGCAAGGAACCUGAUGAGCGACUCUAAGAGGGCAGUGGACAGAUUUGUAGCGGAUGUCGUUGCCGUGGAGGAACCCGAUACCAAGGCGAAAGCUGAUUCGGUACCAAAAGAAGACUCCAAGAAGACAGACGAUGCCAUGGCCAGAUUGAAGAAGGACCACGCCGCGCAGAGUCCUAUCCCGGAGAUCGAGAGACUACUCAAGUCUGCCAGCGUUCAGGACGCUGGUUACGCACAAGCAGCUUGCAACGACGAGGAUUAG